AUGUCGAACGUUAACCAGCGUCGUCCUCGUUUACCAUAUCAAAAUAACUAUUCUCCAUGGCAAACACCUCACGAACAGCAGAAUCUACAGUCGCCACUUCCAUUACUUGUUCCAGCACCUAAUAUACCGACGGCACACGGUUUUACCCCUCGAUAUCCAUUGAAUCAACCUCUCGAAAAACAUUUACCAUAUCGAUUGUGGUCCAAUACAACUUAUCAGGAUGUUUUCCAUCGUGAUCAUCAUGAACAUUUUAAGUUUCAUCUUGUUUGCUAUAACAUCUUAUCGCAGAACUUACUGGAAAAUAAUUCUUUUCUGUACCAAAAUUGUUACAAGAACAAUUUGAAAUGGUACAAACGGAAAAAUCGAUUAUUGAGAGAAUUGUUACGACAAGAUGCUGAUAUUCUCUGUUUACAAGAAAUGCAAGUUGAUCAUUACGAAACUGAAUUCCGACCAGCAUUGACGCAAGAAGGAUACGAUUCCAUUUAUAUAAAACGGAGCGGCGAUAAGUUUGAUGGCUGUUGCUUAUUUUACCGGCGAAAUCGUUUGAAAUUGGUUGAUAGUAAAGCUGUUUCAUUCUAUCGAAGCGAUGUUCGAAUAUUAAACAAAGAUAACUGUGGUUUGAUUGCAUUAUUUCAGCCAUUAACACAAAAUGCUAGCGAACAUGACCUGUUUUGUGUUGCUACAACUCAUUUAUUAUUUUCUCCGAAACGUGGUGAUAUUAAACUCGCACAAGUGCAAUAUUUUCUUGCUGAAAUCGAUCGACUGGCAUCAAAACCUGACGAACCCAAUCUUCACUAUCCGAUUAUUCUCUGUGGUGAUCUGAAUGCUCAACCUCUAUGUCCAUUAAUCAAUUUUCUACUCAGCGGAUAUCUCCAAUACAAUAGUUAUACGUGCAAACAAAUCUCAGAGUCAAUGUUGGCUUUGACGAUGAACAAUUCGUUUUCUUACCCGUUACCAUCUCAAGAACUCCUUCCAUCGUCCUUCGUGACUUCUGACUGUCGUUUUCCGUCCGUGGAAUUUCACAAUCCAACAUUUGGUGUCCUAACUCAUAAUAAACAAUUCGUAUCCGUUUACGAUUUGAAUGAUUUGUCGAGUGUAACAUCCGGUGUGACAGAUGAAUCAAAAACAGUUGACUAUAUUUUUUAUUCUCAACAAAACAAUGACCCAUAUCGGCUGAAUCUAUUGAGUCGUUUGAAUUUGUAUAAUCAAAAUCAAAUGGUUGAUGUUCAUAUACCCAACCACCAGUUCCCUUCAGAUCAUUUUCUAUUGGGUGCUAAAUUUGCUUUAAAAUUAAAACAGUGA